CCCCCCUGCUGCUGACCAAGCACCGCAGCGGACAGACUUCAGUGUGUUUCUAAUUUUUAUGAAAGUGAGCAAACGUGAGCAAUGUCUGCAAACAAAGAGGGGAUGCACACCAAUCUCAUCGACGGACCUGACGAUGACUGCAGCAGUCCAGAGGUGCGAUAUUCAGAACCCAGAUAAAAGCAGAAAGCAAUUUUGCCAAGAUCCCUUCAAGGUGGCAACCGCAUGUCUGACGGCCUUCUGCCUCAUCUUACUCAUGAUCCUGGUGGUCACAAGUGUUCACAGCGGCAAGGCACGAUCUGAUCAGGAUUCUCCGUCCAGCACUGCUGCAUCGCACAUGCAGAAGGGCUGCGCUAACGUAUCGGCUCUGACUGAAGAGCUGCAGGCCGUGAAGAAAGAAAAGAGUGAACUGGAGAAAGAACGGACGCAGUUGAAAAACAGAAUCGCUGUGCUUGAGGCAACCCCUGCACCACAAACCACUCCAUUGCCAACGAAAAGUCCCUGUCCUGAAGACUGGAAGCACUUUAAUGGCAGCUGUUACUACGUCUCAGAAUACGGAAGGAGCUGGUCGGACAGUCAGACGAACUGCAAGCGGCAAGGAGGACAUCUGGCCAUCAUCCUCACAGCUGAGGAACAGACGUUCAUAUGGAACCUGCUGCCCCGUGGAUACUGGAACGCUUUCUGGUUUGGCAUAAGUGAUGCAAGAGUAGAAGAUGACUGGUACUGGGUGGACGGAACUAAACUAGUUGGAGGUUUCUGGGAAGAUGGCGAGCCAAACAACCAUAUGAAUGAAGACUGUGGCUACAUGAUAAAAACAGAUGUGUUAAGCCGUGUGGCUAUCAAGAGCUGGUAUGACGCACCCUGCCACAUGUCCUUGCCCUGGAUCUGUGAGAAACCGGUGUCCUCAUGAUCUUCUCUCCCACCACCAACAUCAACAGACAUUCACUGAUUGUUAGUAAUACAAUCUGUAAUGCAAUUUCCAUUGCAUUUAGAAUGUCUUGGGGUUUUCAGUUAGUGUUUUAGUCAUGGGUCAAAAAAGCAAUUAACAGUUUAUUUUAACUGUGUAUUCUAUGCAUUAAUCUAUAUUUAGCUGUGCUUUUUAACACUGGAUGAUUUAGUGAAUUCAUUAACUGCUUGAAUUCUAUAGUAACUUUUAUAAUAUGUUGUAUUUGCUUUUUAGUUGGGGGGGGGGGGUCAUAUUCCAUAACAAAAAAAUAUAAGUCAUUUUAUAAAAUGCCCUGUUUUCUUAUAACUUUGGUUGGCAGUUCCACUUGCACUCAGUAGGGUGCAGCAUUCAGUCAAGGUUUUGACCGUAAUCACAUGAUGCGCUACGAAUGGAUCUGUCCAUAUACCCAAUAUUUUCUUUCUCCGUCAUAUUUAAUUUGCAAGUUUUCCUGCAUUAAUAUCGACAACCGUUUCUCUGUCAUGUUAUGAAUGUUUUAAAAAUAAUCACAAUAAUCCCUAAAAGCCGUGACUUUGUUGUUGUUUUUCUAGGCAAUGUGUAUCACGUUAGUUAAGGUUAAAAGUAUGUGAGCAGAUAAACAUAAUAUUUUUGUUUUUGGGUGAACUAUCCCUUUAAGAGCAUAUCCAAACAAGAUUAAUUAAUUUAGACCAAUUAAACCACACUAGUUCAGAAAUGUGACCAGCCAAACUCUAAAGUGAACGUUUUUGGAAUGCAAUACAAAGACAAUCUUUUUAUCUUCCUUGUCUAUCUGUUUUGGCAUACAGAAUAGGCCCUUGCUCUGUCAAGAUCUGUAGGCUGCUGGAUUUAAGC